CCUGCCGCCCACACCCUCUCCUGUCCACCCUGCCUGCUGCCUGCCGGGCCGGGCCGGCUGCCUGCCCGUGAAUGAGCCACAGGACCUCCUCCACCUUCAGAGCGGAGAGAAGCUUCCAUUCCUCUUCCUCCUCCUCGUCCUCAUCCUCCUCUUCAGCCUCCUCCCGGGCCCCGGAUCCCCCCAUGGAGAAGGCCUUGAGCAUGUUCUCGGAGGAUUUUGGUAGCUUCAUGCGGCCUCACUCGGAGCCCCUGGCCUUCCCAGCCCGUCCCGGGGGCCCAGGCCACAUCAAGACGCUGGGAGACACCUAUGAGUUUGCUGUGGAUGUCAGUGACUUCUCCCCAGAGGACAUCAUCGUCACCACCUCCAACAACCACAUUGAGGUGCGGGCGGAGAAGCUGGCAGCCGACGGCACAGUCAUGAACACCUUCGCUCACAAGUGCCAGCUGCCGGAUGACGUGGACCCCACCUCGGUGACUUCAGCCUUGAGGGAGGACGGGAGCCUCACCAUCCGGGCCCGGCGCCACCCCCACACGGAGCACGUCCAGCAGACCUUCCGGACGGAAAUCAAAAUCUGAGGGUCCCCCUCGUCUCUCCCCGUCCCCUGCGCCUCACCUGUCCCUUCCCCCCUCCCCGGCUUGCCAGAAAAGCUCCCCCAGCCCGUCCAGAGCAGCUUCCAAGACAUCUCAGCCCCCUCCCCCCACACACACCUGCCCUACCGCCCCUCGGCCCCAGGUGGGUCACCACCCCCAUAAUACAGACAUCUUCAGCCCUGCCCAUGCACCCCGGGGAUCCCCUGCCUCACCCAGGAACCCCCAGAUCCCAGAGCUGGCUUCUCUCCCUUCGUCUAGAGUAGAGUUUGAAGUAGGAAAGGGGAGUUUUUCAGAGACAGCACCGUAGGCAAGCAGAAUUAGAACAGGGAGACCUUUGGGCAAAUCAUCCGCCAGACAGACAGAUCUGAUCUGUGGGAUCACUGCGGACGAGGGCAGGCCAGGGUGGAGGAGGCCUGAGAAAGAUGAUAGAUCCCAUGGCACAGGGGGCCGGAGGUGACAGCUUGACGCGUCUCCUGGGCCACGCUCCAAGCCCCCCUCCAGCCGGCUGUGUCCGGGCAGGACCACGCUGUGUCUUUACAGAGAUGGGGUUUUUCCAAAUACAGCUGGAUCGUGACAAAUUGCAAAACUUCUGUUUGCUCCCUGCUAAGCCCCCAGGCAAAGGCUGGGGUGAGUCCUGCUCUCUCUACCCCCUGGCCUAGGGCUCCCCGGGGCUGCUGCCUCUGAACCAGUCAACCACUCUGCCAGAAAGGAGCACGCGUGGGGGUGGGAGCACGCAUGGGGGUGGGGUCCGGGCUGCAUUCAGCUUCUCCCUAAGCUUCCCCCUCUCUUUCCUACCUUCCUUCCCCUCUUUAAAGGAUGAAUCUAUAGACUGCAUGUGUGUACGCACACGCACGCAUGCAAACACACAAUAUACACACAAUACUCACACAUUCAAGUACAUGCACAUGCAUAAAACUCAUACAUACAUGCACACACACACACACACACACACCACACAAAACUCACAUACACUCACUCAUUGGUAACUCCUUCAAACACUCAGUGUUGCCUCGGUGAAGACCCAGCUCAGAGCAUUCUAAAGUCAGAUUUCUCGGGGGGGGGGGGGUGGGGAAGAGGGGGCUGGAAUGAUAGCAUAGCAGGUAGGGCGUUUGCCGCUGCGGGCACACUGCCGACCCGGGUUCGAGUCCCAGCAUCCAAUAUGGUCCCCUGAGCAGUGCCAGGGGUGAUUCCUGAGUGCAGAGCCAGGAGUAACCACUGUGCAUCAUCAGGUGUGACCCAAAAAGAAAAAAAAAAAUGAAGUCAGGGUUCUCAUCUGGAGGGGGCUGGGGGGAGGGGAGUGGGGGGUUUGGCAAUGGAGUCUCUGAGCAACGGCCUGCCGCCAGGACAUGAGACGCUGCUGCUACUCUGGCACGGACCCCCACGGGCAGCAGAGAACAGAGCCACUGGUCCUGCCCCACCUCUGGAGUCAGCCCGGGGAGCCCAGGUACUCCAUGACCUGGCUCAGGUCCCACCUGCAGAAACAAGUGAUGGCUCACGGUGAGGGUGGGGGGGCUGGGGCAGAACCUUUGUCUUCUGCAGAAUGACCUUUCACCCCUGGCCCAGAUGGGUAUGGGUUCUGCCCAUAAGGGGUGGCAGAACUUGGGAAGGUCCUGGCCUGGUCUCCUGCACACAAUAAACACAGAUGCACACACUC